AUGAGGUACGUGGGCUGCGCCGUGGGCUGCGUGGCAGCCAUGGCCACGGGACUGGGACAGGCGGGUGGGGGGCAUCUCGUGAAAAUCCGCCACGUGAGAGGUUUCUCAGGUGCUGCUUGCAGCCUGCGCACGAGACGCCUGCCUCUGGAGAGGGAGUCGUUCCGCCGUGGGCGCGACGGGCCCCAGCAGCGUGGCCCUGCGAGGGGUCGGCAUGAGGGUGGACUCCUGUGCCGCCUUCCCCCUGCCUGGGGGUUUGCUGUCGGCUGGAGGACGCUGCUUCUGCUGCCAGCAGGCGCGGGUCAGUCGGAGAUGUGUGCCCAGAAGGCUGAAGGAGCGCGUGCUGGUGGCACGGUGACCACACACCGGCCGGGCUCCUCAGUGAAGACGCCGCCAGCCGGUGGACGCCGACCGCUGGCUUGGACGUGUGAGCUCUGCUUUCUCGUGGAACGCGAGCUCCCUGUUCAGUCAGUUUGGGGCCGUGCAGCACAUUUCUCCCCAGACGGAAAAAAGUGUCAGGCAGGCCUGCAGCUCUCUCCUGUGGGGACAACCUGCACAGACGUUCAGCACAGGACCCGGGUCCCAGUGGCCCCAGUGCCGCUUCCCGCCUCCCCACUGCUGGGAUGUCUGGGCGCCUCGGGGACGUGCUCCCUGUGGGGCAGGCACAGAACCCUGCAAGCAGCCCAGCGGGCUCACUCGCGGGACCUCAGGUGGCGGGAGAGGGACUCUAAACUAAACCUGUCCCUUGUGCUCCCUUGUGAACACUGUGACAUCGGAGAGAGCUCACACUCUGCAGGGCCUUCCCUGGUUGUGUUAGGCCCUCCUUUCCUUGUUCACGCCCGACCGUCCUGUCUGUGGGCUCGUGGCCUGUGGUGGCCUGUUGCUCCUGGGGAAGGGGGGUCAUGUUGCAGUUCCUCUGAAGCAGGCCUGGGACGGGCCGAUGACGUGGCCGCAGCGUGGCCACCACGGACUCCCGCGAGCCAGGGCGGCUGCUGGUGUCUGGGGCCCCGUCCCUCGUGGCCCUGUGCACGGCCAGGUGGCAGACCCCGGGGGCCUCCGUGAGCUGGUCGGUGGCCUUUCCUCCAGAUGCAGCCCUCCCCCCCCACGCUGUCAGCGAGGACGGAGCAGUGGUGCGUGCCGGGGAUUCCUCCCGCCUCCCCUCCAGCGUUCCUGGAGGCGCCCCUCCCCUUACCGACUCCUCUGGCCGCAGCUCUGUGCGCUGGUGGGAACGAUUCUCAGAGCUGUUUCCGAUGCUUCUGUCGGGGUCCGGUGUCCGGAGUUAUCUUUGAUUGUAAAGUAUAUUUUUGCUUUUCGGCCUUCUAAUUUAAUACAUGGUAUCUAUAAAAGUAGAGAAUUAAACUUCUCCAGUGAAACUUUA